UUAGUAUUCACGUGACUUUGUCAUCUUAGUUAAAAGAAAAUUUAUAUAUUGUAAAAGUUAGUAGUAUAAAGACUGAUAAUUGUUGCAAUAAUCCUUAAAUGAACAUAUAGAUGUUACGAAUACGACAAAGACCGUCAUUGUCUACAAGUCUCACGUUGAUAAGGCAUAAGUAUGUUGGUCGUGAUCGUGAAGGAGGAAUUUCUUUCAAAUACAAAGAAGGAAUAAGAAAGACAAGAAAUGACAGAGGUAAAUUGUAUUCUACGGUAAAUGAAUCUCCAAGUUAUAAUAAUGAUAGAAAACAGUCAUCCAAGAGGUUCGACUCAGAUAAGAAAGAGUCCAAGAGCCACGAUAAUAGCGAAUUAAAACAUUCCUUUCUUAAGGUUCAUACCGAGUUGGAUCUUUUGAAGAAGCAUUCUGAACAUACAAAAGUGCAGCCAAAAACAUUGGUUAGUGAUAAUACCUUUGAUGCCAUGAAAAAGAUUAUUUCUGAUACGGCUAAUGAUCCUGUUAGAGGAGGUAAGACCAAACAAUUCUUUGAUCCUGAAAAUAAAACGUUGAACUUAGGCUUAAGUAAUAAGAUAUUAUUCAAGCAAAUAUUUGGUGGUACCAAAGAUCGUAUGGAUAAAAGAUAUGGAGAUAGUUCUAAGGCUUGGUUACAAAAAUUUCAUGACAUUACAGAAAGUCUCCCUAAUGAUAAUCCCUCUAUGCCCAAAUAUAAGUAUUUUAAACAGAAAAUCCAACUGUUCAUGGUAAAUGCUACCAUACUGCCUGAAGUCGGUUAUAAUUCUAUAUCGAUUGGUGAUAUAGUUAUGCUUCAAGAUGAUAACGUUAAUUUCUAUAUGUUAGUCAAAUGUCCCAACAGUCUUUAUUCUCAAGCUUAUGUCUUCAUUGAUAAUAGAGGUGAAAUCAUUCAUGCCAGUAAGGCCAGUAUAAGAAUUAGAUUUCCAAGUAUUAUCCCAAAGGAAUAUCACGAAUUAAUAGAAAGCCUUAUUCAAUUAGAAACCAAAUAUUUGGAUAUAGCUCCAAUAGGUACAACUGAUGAAAAAUUUUCCCGAUCAAAUAAUUCUUUACCUGAAUCAUUGAAGGAUAAACAGGACGAUUUUGAGUCAAAGGAAGAAUUGGUUGAAGGUGAAGGGUUUGGAAAUUCUUCCCAGGAUGAUUUCUUAGUUGCCCAAGCAUCAUCUCAACUCUUAACUAAUACAAACGUUAACACUUUUCAUGUUCCAUUAGCGGCAAGAGAUUUUUAUUCAAAGGCGUUAACUGAUUUAUCGAUUCAAUCGUUUAAUGAAAUGUCAGAGGUGAAUGCAAAGUUGGAAUUAUUACAUCGUAAACUUCAAUAUGAUGAAAAUGGUGAUUUGAUUAAUAUUCCAAGAUCAAUAAGUAUCUUUGAAAUUUUAUACUACAUGGAAGAUGCAAACUUUUUGAAAAUAAAAGAUUCAACAACAAGGGGUAAUGAAACUUCGUUAUCAUUGUUAGGUAAACAGUUGAAGCAAGACAUUGAAUAUGAUACCCAAAAAUAUCCUAUUGCUAGAUUUUUAGCAUUGAUUUUGGCAAUAAGAAAACAAGCAAGACUUUGGAGUAUAGAUAAGAGCAAGGCAAGUUUUACCCCAUUAAGUGUUACCAUAUUACCCAUAACCAAUGCUAUUUUAGUAGACAAGAUCGUUAACUAUUUGAAAUUUGAAAAAGGAAAUAUCGAUUUUGCUAAAUACUACGAAUCUAAAAUUUUAGGUGAAUCAAUUCCAAAGCCAAAAUAUUAUGACGACGUAAUCAAGGUGUUUAAGGAUUACAUUGUUGGUAACUUCACCAGUGAUCCAACCCUCGAAACUGCUUUAGUAUCGAUUAUUAGAUUGAUUGAUGAUUCUUCUCAGGCUACGUCUACUGAUAAGGCAAAAGAAAUAGGCUUCACUUAUGAAUAUUCCAGAGCCAGAGCAUAUAUGAUAUUAAAGGAAAUUGGAGAAUUAUCAGAAGAUCUAGAAGAUCCAAUAGGAUGGUCAAGGCAAUUGAAUUUGCCAGGAAGUGGUACCAGUUUAAUGUCGGAUUUAGUAGGUAGGUACUAUAAUUACGUUGAAAAUAUUCUUACUAAAGAAGAUAUAGACGAAAUAUCUGCCACAUCUGAAUCUAGCUCACCAGCAGAUAUUAAAUCUUUAGAUUCAUUUGGCGAAGAAACAACGAGCGAUGAAGCUGGAAAAUUAAUCUUUGAUGAUGUUUACAAGUCAGACCCUUUAGAAACUUUGAGAGAAGAUUUUGGCGAUGUGCCAGUUUAUUGUAUAGAUUCAGCAGAUGCUCAUGAAAUUGAUGACGGUAUAUCACUUCAUACCGAAGGUGAUAAAUAUGUUGUGUCUGUACAUGUUGCUAAUCCAACGUCGUAUUUAAAGCCAAAUUCAAUUACCAGUACUAUAGCAUUUGGUAGGACUUCAACCACAUAUACCCCCGAAAAGGCUUAUAUGAUGUUGCCGAAGUUAAUGUCUGACAUUUCCGGAUUAGGAGUUGAUGGUAAAAAAGUUAGAGCAUUCACAGUCCAAUAUAGAUUGAACAAGAAGUUGGUUGACGAUUAUAUUGGGUUAAAAUUAGACGAUCCUAAUAACGAAACUGACGAUUCGUUAAUCAAAAGAGCCCUUAACGAAAUCAAUCAGUCUAUUGAUGUAAAAUUUGUUAGUGUAAAGAACUUUCCUCAGAAUUUCACGUAUGACGCUGUUGAUCUGUUAUUGAACGAACAAGAGAAAAUACAAAGAUUUAAGGCAAAUGCUUCUGAUGAUUUACAUUUUAACAAUUUAUUCAGAUUACAUGGAAUUGCUUCGCUAUUAUAUGAUGCAAGGGUAUUAGGUGGUGCAACAAGUCUUAAUAGCGAUAUGGGUAAUAUUAAAGUGUUCAAGAAUUUCGAUGAUCUAAAUAUAUCAAAGUCCGGCAGUCAAUUGAUAGCGGAUGGCUCCAAUAAGACUAUUCAAUUGUCAAGUACAACUAAUAAUAGGUCGUCAAAAUCUAUUUUCUUAGUAACCCAGCAUAUGAUCUUUGCUAACUAUUCAGCUGCCAGUUUUGCAAAUAAAAAUGAUAUUGGAUUUAUCUACAGAGGUCAAGAGUUGAACUUAGCUCCAGCUGUUCGCGAAGAGUUAAAUCAAUUGAUUGGAAAGGGAAAGAAAUUUAAUGUGCCACUUUCAGAGGAGGAUAACUCAACCAUCAUUGCAAUUACAACAGGAGCUAAGUUUGUUACCAAGCCAGUAAAGCAUGAAUCAUUGGGCAUUGAUUAUUAUUCAAAUGUUACCUCUCCAUUAAGAAGAUACGUGGAUAUGAUCAAUCAUUGGAAGAUUGGUGAAUAUUUGUUAAAUAAAUCGAACCCAACUUCUCAACCUGUUAUUGCAAAUAAUGAAUUACGAUUCAUAGCAAAUUAUUUACAGAAUGGAGAAAUAAUGAAUAAACAACAUCAACGUAUUUCUGAUAAAUUUUGGGAAGGAAUUCUUUUAAAGGAAAUUUCAAGGUCAAAAGAGAAUGGUGAUCAUCUGUUUAAAUUCAGACUCUUAAUACAAACUAGUCCGAAAUUGGGUGAUUCUAUCAAUGUAAAAACUUUGGGCUUAGGUCACUUGAAGGCAAAGCUUUCGGUUUCGGAUCGUUUAUUAGAGGAAUAUAACAGUGGAGAGUUAAAAGUCGGAAGUGUAUUAGAAUCAGACGAUAUAAAGAUAGUCAAAGUAGACUUUGUAGAAGAUGAAUUAGUUUUUGAAUAUAAUUGAUAUUCAAGUAUGUACAUAUUAUAGAUCUUGUAAAUAGAAUUUAACUUGUAACAAUAGAAGAUAUUAAUAGUAAG